AUGUCCUUAACGGAUUUCUUGGCUGAUCAAUCAACAGGAUCUUGGGCUGAUGAAAUGGAAGAUUUGCCAUCUGCUCCUGCUGCUGCUUUUAAAGAUUCUGGAGAUCAUGAUGAAUCUCAUCGUCGAGGUGGUUUCGGUGAUAGGAACAGAAAUUAUCAAAAUCAUAGAGAUUCACGAUAUGACUCACCGCGUGAACCCCGAUUUCCAGGUCGUUCUGAUCGACCUCCUCAACCUCUUCCUACAUCUCCUCCAUAUACCGCUCACCUUGGAAAUUUACCUUAUGAUUUAACUGAAACCGAUGUAUCAAAAUUUUUCGUUGACACUAAUAUAGCUACCAUUCGAAUCCUUCGUGAUAAAGAUGAAAAACCCAAAGGUUUUGGUUAUGUGGAAUUUAAAGAUUUAGAGUCUUUAAGUAAAGCUUUGGAUAUGACUGGAGAGGUAUCUCGUGAAGAUCGUACGGCUGGCGAAUGGCGACGAUCAUCUCCAAGAGAAACGCCAUCGUCAUCUCCAAGAAACGAAAGAUUUAAUUCCGCCGAUAGAUAUGGUUAUAAAGAAGAUAAUAGAUGGAGCAAUGAUCGUGGAGGAUUCCGUGAUAGGGGUAAUACUCAUUAUGGACAUCGUGGUGGAAGUGGUGGUGAUAGAGGUGGUGAUAGAGGCGAUAGAGGUGGUGAUAGAGGCGAUAGAGGAAGUGAUAGAGGCGAUAGAGGAAGUGAUAGAGGCGAUAGAGGAAGUGAUAGAGGUGAUAGAAACAGUGAUAGAGGCGAUAGAGGAGAUCGUGGAGGUUUCGGAAGUGUUGGUGGUGGUGACAGACCGGAACGUAAGCCUGAUACAGAAUGGAAAGGUGGUGCUUUUAGUGGUGGCAGUAAUAGUAAUAUCAGGUCGGGUGGCUAUCGUGAUAGAAGAUCGGAGGGUGGUCAUAGAGAUCCUCAUAUGAAAAGAAAUGAUACAAGCCCUCCAACUACCAGACCAAAAUCAAAUCCAUUUGGUGAAGCCAAACCAAUAGAUACCGUUGAAGCACUUCGAAAAGUUGAGGAGCCACCAGGGACGGAGACAGAGACAACGGCAGGAUCAACAGAAACAUUACCAACUUCUUCAGUCACAAAACCAAUUAAAUCAACUGAAUCAUCGGGAACUGCUAUUACAUCUAAAGUUGUUUUGCUCGAUACAGGUGAAAAUGUAAAGAAAAACAUCAAAGUGGAAAAAGCGGACAUGAAGUUGGCAGAUAUUCCAAUAUGUCAUCGACCCGAAAAAGGUAAAUCCGGUCCAGCUUUGAAGAUAAAUCUCGUAGUGGAUGAUGAUUUGAUGGAACCCACUACUUUUACGCGAGAAAAAAGGAGAGGGCAAGCUGAAUCGGACCAGACCAGUCAUUUCGGGCUGCAGACCUAUAUUAUGGAAAGAUGGAACCGGUCCAAGGACGAGCUGUUGGCUCACUGGACCUUUAGAACAUCAAUUGCAGCUUCAUUCAAUGAUAAAACAAUAAGAAUUAGUUGUGUGAUGUUAUUUAAUAGCAGAUACUCAUCAAAAGCUUCGAGUACUGUUGUAACGACAACUGCUGAUUUAGCGAUACAACAACAAUAG